CCUGGUGAUCGCGUCGGCCGUGCUGGCGCUGGGCGGCGCUCUCGACAUGGCCAAGAUCCAGGGCAAGAAUCUGCUCUUCACGUCGUCAACCUUAGGAUGGGAGGACAUGAAGGCGGGCGACGUCCCCCCCGCGCACGCCGUCCCCGUGGUCAAGGACGGACCGCUUUGGUGCCGCGCCAAGACCCACGCCACGUGGAUCGCCGGCUCGGUCGUCGACGGCAAGUGCAGGACGACCUUCGUGAAACGUAUACUCGAAGUCAAGGAAUACGAUGUCCUCGUGUCUGUCAACGACUCCGCCAGGGUGUUGGAGGUCGAGUGGGACCGGCUCACGGCCAUGCCUUCCAACGGCAUCGCCACUCCGAACAUGAUCAUGGCCAUUUCCGACCAUAACGACACCAUCCUGGCUGGCUACGUCUCCCCAGGCGAGCGGCGCGCCCACUUCGUCAAGGACGGCAAGGCUACCAGUCAGGACAAUGCGCUCAUCUUGACGGAGGAUGAACCCAUCCGCUACGAGGUGGACCGCAUUUUGCGCGACGAAGAUAGAAGCCAGGUCACCGACAAUGACGUCGAGGUCGGCAACUCGACUCUGGUCAACAAUGAGGAAGAGGAGAAGCUGGUGUCGACUAUGGUGGACUACGUAUCCCGGGAGAACAUCUACUGGGGUCGCGUUCGGGGGACCAUCACCGCCCUGGCUUCCACCGUCACUGACCCCUCGGGAGUGAAGAGAGAGAUCACCUGGGGCAUGGACAACGAAUUGGACCAUAUGGAGCAGCAGAAGGUGGAAUAUAAACUGCCAGCUGGAGCCGCCGUUCAGGUCAGUUUGAUCGCCGUCAUGAGGAAGUAUGAAGCUCCCUACUCCGCCCUGCUGACGGCCAUCUACAGCGACAGCGUCCGCCGGUCCUGGAACAUCGAGGGCCUCCACAUUCACACCUACCUGGCUGAGCUCCGGGCAGAGUUUUCGAAGCCUUACUACCUUACCAACGACACGGAGAUCGAGGGAGAUUUCCCCACCUCCCAGAUCCUGCUCCACUCAACCACCACGACCACCACCACGACCACCACCACCCAGACGCCCUCAGACUCCAAAGACAACGAGGACAGCCCUGUAUCGGAGUCGCUGGCCACAACCGACGGAGACAACCAGACCACCGGGGAUGCCAGCAGCGUGUCUAGGCUCAUGCCCCCAGUGCUGGCCAUGUGUGCGUCAUUACUGAUGGCUGCUAACGCCUUCUUCCUUUCCUAAAUAACGGAGAUUGCCCGCAGCGGCCGCGAACGCCAAUGGGCACGUGUCACGUCCUCGAAAAGCAUCUCAAGACUCAUGGUUUGGAACAGUAUGGAAGUAUUCACGGAUUCAGCUGUGUUUGGCUUCGGCCUUGCAAAAAAAGGACCCGAUUCGGUUGUAAAGGUCAUCAUUAAGUGGACCGAAAGCCAUGCUCGAUUUCACAAGAUGAAUGUAUUUUAAAAGCUUUUUUCAUCUCAUAGUGUCUCACAUAGCCUUGAGGAAGUUAUGUAUAUGUACUGUUGUAUAAAAAAACAAGUUUAAGGGCUAACAAGAUUAGUAUUCUGCAUUACUCUUCUUCCAGUGCGAAGUUGCACCUUCAGCAUCUCUUUCCACUCCUCAUUCUGACGUGAAUCUCCACAGUCUUCACUGUUGUUUCGUGAACGUUUUUAGUGUGAACAACAUAUUGAUGUAUUGUGUCUAUGUGAAGCCUAUUAAUCUUAGCUUGUUCAACGAGCAAAACAGCCUUAUAGACAUUAGUAUGAUCUACUAUCUGUCUCGUAGCAUCUAGGCUGUACAAGUUCACGUCUGAUGAGUGUUUUAUCUCCAUGUUGGCUGGUCCAGAAUCCAAGAUGUACCGAAUUUGAGACAUGGGUGCAGAUCUCUUCUUUCACAGUA